AUGGAUGUCGAGUAUGCUCGUUAUAAUAAUGAGUUAAAUACUAUUAGCAGAUAUGCUGAAGCAUCAGAAUUGGGUCAGCAAAUAAUAAAAUGGAAAAAUGCUUUUAAGGCAAUGGGAAAGACUGUCACGUUUGUUGUGGGAAAGACUGUCAUGUUUGUUGAUGAGUUAUGCUUAAUGGACUUUGGGAAUCAUGAUGCUUCCGAAAGAAAAAAUAUUGAGGCAAAGAAAAAGUUGCAAGAAGAAGCAAAGGUGAAAGUUCAGAAGUUACAG